AUGCUGUCGUGCGUCGCGUGCUUGUUCUCGCUCGACUCGUCCCAAGCCGCCACGGAUCAGAACGAAGUGGCGGCGCUGCUGCAGCAGAAGACGGAGUGGGGGAAUCCCCCCCAGCUGCGCUCGUGGGCGGUGGGGGGAGAUCCCAUGCUUCCAGCGAUGGGACUUGAAGGCUCGCUCUUACCCGACCUCGGAAGACUUUCCUUCCUCACCUUCCUGGACCUGAUGAACAACAACGGUAUCAGAGGCGCCCUUCCCAGUGCUCUCUCUUCACUCUCGCAACUCCAAGUGCUUAGCCUGCGGAACUGCUCCCUAACAGGCCGCAUCCCAGCUGUGUACGGCGCUCUCACUGCGCUGCAAGUGCUGCUGCUCGACUCCAACCGCCUGCAAGGGCCGCUGCUAGGGGAGGAGUCCAGGGGGAUGCUGAGCCUGCAGCACGUUGAUUUGUCGGAUAACAACUUGGAGGGAGGUGUCACGUUCUUCCCUCGCCUUACAUCCCUCAAGCACCU